AUGUUUAACGACGGUAAACGUUUCCACCAGCAUGGGCUGUUCGGUGAGAGUAUCGGUGCCGUUGCCCCUGGCCAGAUGCCCGGGACGAUGGAGAAGUGUUUUCCCUAUUCGAUCCUGUCGAAAAAGCAGCAGCUGCUGGCGGCUGGCAGCUUAAACGGGGCGAUCGUAAAGCAGCCACCGCCUGGCGCUAUUCCCUCAAGGCCCUCGGCAGGUCCGCCGCUCGGUGCCGGUUACCUGACCGCGGUCCUUCCACUGGCUGGGACAAGCGCUUCCAACAGCACGCCCGUUGAGCUCGAUGCCGGCGGUGCCGGUUUCUACGCGAACGCGAUGGUUACCGAUGUGGGCAUCUGCUUCAGCAUGAGCAAUGUCAGUCUGAACGGUGAAUAUCAUCCGCCACUGCCCGCGAUCCCAUCCGUCGCCAUGUCGACGGUGGAGAGGCGCAGAUCGCACGAGGAUCCCGGCCCGGAAACCGCCCUGACCAACGCACGGAGGCGUGCGGCCGCCUUUGUACCACUGACGCCAAACGCUGUCGAUAGCAUACUCCCUCCACAGCACGCUCCUGGCGCCGGUUCCAGUAGGACUUCGAUGCUGCCCACGCAGUCAUUCCCGGUAGUCCCUCUGGCACAUCAAGCACUACACCACCAUCCUGCUUCCACUGUGUCACUCCAGCAGCUGCACCAUCAACAGCAACAGGCAGCGAGCAUCGUCCAUCCGAUGCGUCAUCCGCUGCCACGGCAGCGAUCGCUGGUCCUGCCCGGGAAGAGUCCGUACGGUAGCACACGUACCGAGGUUGGUCUCUCUGGUCUCAUCACGAGCACCGGCUCGUCGCGGUCCUCUCCACCGUACUUCAAACAACCGGUUGGUAAGAUAAACUCCAUCUGCCAACCGGUAACGCAAGCGACGACCCUCUACCAGGGACCCGCUGUUGGACAUCCCUUAAAUCGGCGCCUCCCGCUGCAGUACUUACCGGCAGCACCACAACCCACCCAACCCGUGAGCAUAGACCACCCGACGGCAGUCGCCCUGGAGUACUAUCGGCUCGCGAUCGAGGCAACCGGCAAGAGGCCAGUCUGUGAGUCCGAACCGGGCACGCUCGGUAAGGAUGGUGUUGAUGGUGCCGUCCCCACUCUCGGGACAUCGCGAAGCUCACUGGUGCAUAGCAGUGCCGACGUGGAAAAACGGUUCAUGAAGUGUUGCUACAACAACAACGAAGUGCUGCCAAUACCACAACCACCAUCGAUCGGUGGAACGGUGUCGCUCGUGCCCAGUCCGUUCCAAGGGAACUCACCGUCCCCGACGUCACAUACUCCACCUACGCUCGCACCAUCCCAUCCCGCUCUCAGUCGAUCCUGUCCAACUUCCCCCCAUGCGGUGCCUUACGCAAUCCCGAGCACGGACCUGCUCGGUACGGGACGGGGCGCUGUCGUUCAUCCGGAAGCCCUACCCGGUCGGCUGGUGGAGAACGACCCGCUCGACGAGGACGAACAGCCGAUGGAGGUGUGUACCGAUGGCGAGGACAACAACGAUGGUGACGGUGAUGAACCCAAAGACUUUAGCAUGAAAUCAGUAACCAUGGCUGGCGAUGGCAGUCAAUACACGGUUCAUGCUGCAACACUGCCAGUGGUGGUUGGUGAUGGUGGUGGUGGUGGUGGUGUGGGGCAAGUCGCCGACUGUGGACUACACCCUGGUGAAGAUCGUGGCCGACGGGAGCUGAAGGUAGCGCCGAAGAAGAAAUGGAUUCGACAUUACAUGAAGGAUGAACCUCUCGUCAAUGGGCACUCAACGGCUCCGCCACUGGUCGUCAUUUCAACCAACGGCAGCCAGCACCAUACGAAGCACCUCACCACCAACCACGUGUCCUUGGUCCCAGCCACGACCCCCACCACCCUAGCCACCUCCCCGAUGACGAUCGACCUGUCGACGAAAGGGUUGCAGCAGCAUCAGCAGAGCGCACAUUAUCAGCUCCCGGGCGGUCACCAGCCGCCCACGGUACACCCCGUGCUCGGUGCCGGCACGGUCCUUCCCACGACGCCUCCCGCCACGAACCUAACGUCCCUUUCGUCCUCAUCGUCCUCCUCCUCGUCGUCGUCGUCCUCAUCGUCCUCGUCGUCGUCGUCAUCGUCGUCGUCGUCUUCGUGCUCGUCGACGUCAUCGGCAAGCUCGACACUGACCGUGUCCCCGAUCGACGACUCCCAGUCGUCGCUAAACCUCAGCAAUGGGUCCAGCAUCAAUGGUUACAUCACCAGUCACAGUGCCAACGCCAUCAGUACCGCGGGUGGAACGCCCCCGGCCACCAUCGUCACCGGCAGCGGAAGCGGCUCGUCUCCGCUUCCGCCCGGACUGAGCGGUGUCCUGCCGAUCAGCAUCAACGGGAUACUGCAGGCCGCCACCUCCGGCACCACCAACGGGACCAACGCAAUCGUAGCCGGCGGGCCGCUGCCGGGCGUGCAUCAGCUAUCGCUUGAGGCGGUAGCGAUGCAGCAACAGGCGGCCGCACACUCACCGUCAGCCGGUUCCGGGGCCGGUGCCAUGUUUGCCAACGUUCCCACUGGCACGCGCCGAAGAACCACUAGCUCCAACAGCAAUGGUGUCGGAACACGCGAGGUGCACAACAAGCUGGAGAAAAACCGACGGGCGCACCUGAAGGAGUGCUUCGAGCAGCUGAAGAAGCAGCUAAGCCUCCAGCCGGAUGAGAAGAAGAUCUCCAAUCUGUCCAUCCUGCACGCGGCCAUACGCCACAUUCAGCUACUGAAACGGAAGGAGCGCGAGUUCGAGCACGAGAUGGAGAGGCUAGCGAAGGAGAAGAUUGCGGCGCAGAACCGGAUUCUGCUGCUGAAGCGCGAGAUCGACGUGUCCCGGCUGGCUCCGGACACCGACAUCACCCCGAAUCCCUCGAGCGGAAGCCUCAACCACGUCGCCGGAGGCGUGCAGCCCGACCGAGAUCACCUAACGGAAAACAAUAUUCUCGGAUCGAUGGUUCCAGGACGGAACGGUGUACGGUAUAGCUCCAGCAGUUCCCUGUCCAGCAUCGCUACGAAUGCGUCCAUCGGUAACCUGCCGCUACAAACGACGAUUUCACCUGUCCUGUCCGUGUCCUCGCCGAGCCGGGGUAGCCCGGCGCUUCACCGCAGCUCGACGACACCACCCUCGUCCGCAACGGUGACGGUGGCAGCGACCAUUGCCCCGCCAUCCUCGCUAUCGGUAUCAUCCGUGGUGCCCCUCUCGUUGACCACCAAGGGCAGCAACGGGUUAGCGUCCGAAGCGCACAAUGGCAGCACGCAGCCGACGCUCAAGUUUACCACGGCACCGCUGAACGGACUGAACCUGAGCAAUGCGUCCGUGGUGAACGGUAGUGUGAACGGCGGUUCCGCCGUGACCGUUAACGGCUUGACCAGCACUACCGCACCGCUACCUGUCAUCGUCGGUGCCAAUGGAACGACCAACAUCGUCGGUAUAACGCACUCGCAGUUGCUUACUACGACGGCCGCGCCAUCGAUCCAGACGCUCCCAUUGAACCUGAACGUCACGUCCAGCGCCAUGAGUAACGGACUGAGUGGAAACGGCGCCGGUGGCCCCACGUCGAUCGCCAUCACCACCAGCUCCAGUGGGCACCUGUCUGCCCACCAGGCCCUACAGUUGACCACCUCCACCGCCAAGAGUGGGCACGUCGGUGGGGUCAACGGCAACAGCAUUACCACCACUGCCAGCGGCACAAACGCCCGGACGGUCUACAAUACCGGCAUGGCGAACGGCACGACGACCCUCCCCACCACGUUGGCGGGCACGACGGUGGUAACGGCGGCGGGUUUGCCGCUACUAGCCGCCGCCAGCGGCAAAGAACUGAUCAACGGUACGAUCGGCAAGAACGGUACCGUACGGACUGAUACUAGUAAGCUUGAGAUUAUCGCAACCCAACCGCAACCCACCAAUCACACCGCGGCCGUCGGUGCCACGGCGGCGGCCCUAGACCCACCGGGAACGAAGGUUAUCACGCUGAUGAAUGGUAGCACGUUCGCACUGGCCCCGCUCGACAAGGACAGUAAGAUGGGUGUUGUCUACAGUCCCAUCCUGCUGCCGACCCCGCAAGGACUGCGCGUCAUACAGCCGGGCUCCAACGGGCUGGCAACGAUCGAGCUUGCACCGCCGAACGGCGGUAACCGACUACAGCUGCAUUUAACUCACUAAGCACAUUCAAGGUGGUCACACUGAGAGGCACAGAGAGCCACCUGUACAACGCUGGCCGGCCGAAACUGGAACGUUGCUGGCUGACCAACAUACGCUGUUAGUCGUUUGAGGAGGCUGUGUGCUUAGCGAGUGGAAUCAACUUCAUUGGUUUAUUUUGUCUGAAAAACUAAAGCAACAAACACACGCGCACGCACACAAACACAGACACAUCUUUGUCCGGAGGAUAAUUAAACGGGGACCAAAACGCUAGCGGCAGUUUCUACUUUGCCCUCUACACCGGACACCGUAUAGUGGUGGAGGAAAAUCAGGCUGAACCAUCUGGUAAAAGCUUUACAUUUUCUAACCACGAAAGCAUUUCCAUUCACAACUGAAGCGUUUACUUUUAGCAAUGAAUGCCAUGAUUUAUCACCAUUUUCGAUUGGUUUUGGGUUCAUACUACAAACGAAGCAACAAACCACAGCAGUUUCAGCCUACUUUGUUUGGGGAUGGUUUUGGAAAACUGAAAAACAAGUGCACUAUCUACAACACGCCGCAUCAUCUCACCCAUUCCGUGACAAUCAACGCAUCGCAGCACCCCGCAUUACUUGCGAAAGGAGACCAAUCUGCUACGGAUUCUACUACUGUGAACCUACUACACGUACUACUACUUCUAAUACCGGAAUUGAGCACACGCGCAGCCCGUGUAUGGUAUUAUUAUGCUGACGGCAUCAGCAGCAUCAACCGUUUUAUUUCUUGAACGUCCCGCCGCCUGAGUUUCGAAUUAAGUAGUUUUAGAUCAAUCCCGUUUUAGCUCCCCCAAACAACGUACUGUAGCGCCGGGGCUAUGUUAGCAUAUUGGCAUGGAAUCGCAUUGGGAGCUAGUGCUGGGCGAGCGAAAUGAUGGCAGGGUAGACCAACAAUCAAACCACACGCAACAACGCGCGACACAACAGUACACAUUUUGACCAAUAUUAGUCACUCGCUGCCAUCCAUUGCCCUCUCGCCCCGCGGUGUUUGAAUGUGUAUGUGUGUGUGAGUGUGUGUGUGUGUGUGGGUGAAAGAUUUGAUGCUGUGAUGAGUGCGGGCGCGCAGGAGAAGUGGCGUGUGCAAUCCAUACCGAUCGGUUUCCGGUUUCUUCCACCAUUACCUUCCGUCUCUCCGAUAUGGGCUUUUCUGGUUUACACUUUCUUUUUUACCACCAUGAGGUGAAAAAAAAUAAGUGGAUAAAAAGAAAAGCUCCUAUGUGGGAGACCGAGAUACAAAUCGUGAAGAGCCAUCAUAUUGUACAGAAUCUUAAACUUAAAAAUAAAUUAAAGAUACAACUCAUAUGUACAACAGAACAAACUAAUGUGACGGAGAAAGAGGAGCUGCUCGUAACAAACCUAUACAAGGUAGCAUAAACUACACAGUAGUGAACAAUAAGCGUACAUACGAACGGUGAAUGUGAAUUGCCGGAGAAAGAACCACUUUUAUCUACCUACCUAGCGCUACUCCUACUUUUACGGUUACGAAUACACUGGUGUUAGACUAGCUACGUGUGUGUGUCUGUAUGUGUGUUGGUGUGUAUGUUGUGUAGUUCUGUUGUAAAUGUAAAAUGUUCCCAAAGCUGCAUCCUGCAGUCGGAAUAAAGUGCACGCCGAGAGAACCGUGGAGCGAAAGGAUCGAAACAACACUAAACAUAUACUAUCGAAAUAGUGUAGCCGUUAUUUAUGUUUCGCGGUGGUAUGUUCAUCGAAAGUAGUAGUCAAACAGUCACUAAUAAAGUCUUAGCAGUACAAUUAUCCUUACGGAAGUAGGCGUUGGACAAACAGUACACAAACACGUACAACCCGAUGCAAAGGGUAUAAACAAAGGAUCCUAGAGGGCACUGCUUUGUAGGAGUAGGUUGCGGUACAGCAGAUUGCAUUUCAAAGUAUUACUAGACCGAACCGAAUUCAAAAAGGAAACUCUCAUUUGGUUUGCGAUGGGAAGGUUUUGGUUUGUUGGCUUUUUUCUAUAGCUACAUAUUCAGAUGCCUUUUCUCGCUAUGAGGAACACGUUGAAAAAAGUCAGAACGUUUGCACUAUGUGUUUCUCGGUUGGAACCAGAUCUAAAUCAAGCAUGAGGGCACCACUACGUGCCCAGAAGAAGCCAUUGGGCAGUACAAAUGAUUGGUUUCCGGCAUUGUGGGUGGGAGUUGAAUGAGACUGAGCGAAACUUGAAAUGAAUCCGUUUGCAGAACGAAAGGAGUCGAUGAAUAAUGAUGAAUUUUUUUUUUUUUUUGUUAUGAGUCUACUCUUUAGUGCUUUAGUAACACCCUCACGAAACCAAACGAGUCAACCGAACCAGAAGAUCUCACGAUCUUAUCCACACAAAAAGCGUGCCCGAUCAAUAAAAUAGAAACCCAUCUUUGUAAGUAGAGGAAGAUGGUCAGCAAAGUGCCGGUUUGUAGCGAGGCAAGAGAAAAAAAAAAUGGCAAGGAUGAAAGUGUAUAAGGCAAGCAGUUUGCGAGUAGUUUUAAAAACUAUAUAAAUGUCUUGUACACAGUAAUAGUAACGAAAAGAAAAAAAGAGAAUGAAAACUCCCAUUAAAAUGGGAGCUAAACAUUAAAUGGGCGCAACUUUUUGCCGCAGUAUGAAUAUGCAGAAAUAAAGCGAAACAAAAUAAGGGACAAAAGAUAAGCACUUUACACACGUACACACUUUAUAAACCAAACGAACAUAUAUUUUUCUAUGUACAUAUUUAUCUGAAAAAAAAACCAUCCCAUGGUAUGGGGUGGGUGGUCUUAGGCGGGAAGAAGCAAUGCAGGGCAAGGCACAAGCAAAUGGGACAAUGUUGCAAGGGAAACAAAACUAACAAAAAAAGGAAACGCAGAGUAAAACACAACAAGUCAUUACACGAAGGGAACAGUGAAAUGCAACGUAAAGGAUCAGCAAAACAACAAUGAGAAAUUGAGAAGAUUGAAUAGGAACACAGCAAAGAAGGAAGAAAAACAAUUACAAAGAGGGUAGUUUUAUUUAUCACACUUUUAUCGGCUAAAACAGUGCAAAAGCGUAUCCAAUUGUUCCAUAAUGAUGUGAACGGGGAAACUGAAUUUUAAAUUUGUAAUUAUUAGUAAUAUUAAAGCGAAACCCAACAACAACAACAACCAAACAUUCGCUGAAAGGUCAAAACGAUAUGCAACGAUAGAAACAAGAAAGGCAGAGUGAGGAAACCGCGCGUGAGAUAAACGCUCGCUUAUUUGUUUUAUUGUUUUGUUUAUAUUUUAAUUUAAUUAUAGUAAGUUUAUUCUAUUGUGUACAGUAUUUAAAACAAAAAAUCGGUAUAAAAGUAGAAAAGAGAAAAAAGAGAGAAUAAAAUCCUGAUGAACAAUA